AUGGAGAGACUGAACGAAAUUGUUCGUUCAUAUGAUCAAAAUAUUGUGUUGAGGGACAAACAGCGUGAAGCAUUCCUAUAUUUGGCUAGUAAGAAAGGGGGCGUGAUUGUAAAUUUGCCCGUUGGGUAUGGGAAGAGUCUUAUUUUCCAUUUGCUUCCGCAAAUUUUAGGUGAAAAUGUGAAAAAAUAAGUUGUGUUAGUGGUAUCACCUUUAAACAUCAUACAGAAAGAUCAGUGUGUGGCACUGAGGGAUCAUAACAUAUCCUGCUGUCGACUUGACAUUUGUGCUAAUGUCGAUGAUGAUUACGAUGAGGACUUCCAGGACGGCAGUGAUAGAUUUUCCUGUCAUUCUGAAAUUAGUAUUGAGCGGAUUAAAGAAGGAGAUUUUUCCAUAGUAUUGUGCCACCCAGAAGCCCUCCUUAACACUAGGAAAGGAAGGGAAAUCCUGAGAAGUACUUUGAAGGAUCACGUGGUAGCACUUGUUAUUGAUGAGUGCCAUUUCCUGGAUAAAUGGGGAGAUGAGUUUAGAACUGCCUUCAAGGAACUGAAAACUCUAAAGGCGUUUUUUCCUGAAGUACCACUUGUUGCCUUGAGUGCAACACUAACUGCCGAACAGAAAAAGAAAUUACCACAACAACUAUCCUUAAGUGAGUACAGCAUAAUCGAAAGUAGUCCUGAUAAACCAAAUUUGUUCUUACAAAAGUUUGAGAAGGGAAGUUCAGCUGCUGUUGAGGGAGAAUAUGAAGCAAUUACUCAUGAAAUUUGUGACAAACUUUAUCAGGAGAAGGAAAAAUUUCCAGUCACUCUGUUGUUUCUCUCAGUUUAUUACAUGAGUCAAGUUCUUAUGUAUUUGAACAACUUAUUUAAGUCAAAUAACAUUGAUGAAACUAUGUACAGUGCAAUUUGCUCUGGACAAGAUAAAUAUGUAAUUGACAAAACCAUACAAGAAUUGAAGAAACCAGAUCCACGCAUUAGACUAGUGUUAACAACAUCCAUUUUAGGAAUGGGAUUUGAUCCUGAAAAUGUCACUAAUAUUGUACAUGCCUGCCCUCCAAGAAAUAUUUCUCAGUAUUUUCAGGAGAUUGGGAGAGCUGAUCGUGGCCAGCCAGCAACGGCUUCCCUAUAUUACAGUUCAAGAAACAUAGCAAAAAAUCUGCCUGGAAUAAAUGAAGAUAUAAUUUCUAACUGUAAGAAUAACACUUCUUGUCUGAGAAACCAGUUGCUAUCAGUGUUUGGAUUUGAAAAGGAAGCAAUUAUUCAAGGCUGCAAGUGCUGUUCCUUUUGUAGAACUACCUGUACAUGUGAAGAGUGUUUACAAUUAAAAAUUGAUUUGUAAAUUGAUGUUUUGGGUCUACUUGUUAUAGCUGUAACAUAUGUUUGAAGGCAAAGACCAACAAGCUGAGAAUUUACUCAUACAAACAUUCUAUUGAAGUUUCAUGAAGAUGCAACCAAACGUGUGACCUCUAUCACACAAACUAGAUUUUUUUUUAUCAUUUGAGUCUAAGACAGGUCUACUUUCUGACCCUACAUGACCAUUAUAAACAAUCUUGGUCCAGAAUUCCUUGAGACAAACAUUCUGUUGAGUUUCAUAAAAAUCCAGUAAAAAAUAAAACAGACAGGUCUGGAGUGGACAGAUGACUCCUGAUGAUGCACAAAAGGCAAUGAAGUAAUUUUCAGGGGUGCUAAAAUAAUGUAAAUAUAUAUCAAAGACAAUUGAUUUGCAUAGCACAUUUUAUUCCAUAUUUUUAUAUAAUAUAAAACAACAUCAAUAAAACUGUAAGUCUUAUACAAUGGUAUAAUUACAGUAAAAUCUCCCUCCUUUUUUCAGCACACAUGUUCAUUUUUUUAUUUUUUACAAUCUUCCUGUGUUGACAGGAAAAUUCCGUAUUUUACUCUCAUAUAAGGUUCACUUGUGUGUCAACUGUAAUACUGUCAU